AUGUUUCGCUUCCGUCGGUAUCGAGUCUACCUGGUCUUCUCCAUCAUUUCAAUUCUUGCCAUUAUCCAUUUCUCCGGGUUUCGCGGCCUCUCCUCGACCUCCUCCUAUGCGCCAACCGUUCCUGUCCUGAAGCCGGACGGCCCCAAGCAGCCGGCUCAACAGCCGCAACAACCACAACUACCACAAGCACCACCAUCGCCACCACAACAACCGCAAUCACAACCUCCACAGCCUCCAGUCAAAGAAGAGGAUAAGCAGAAGCCUAUACCACCUCCCGCGCCGCCAGUGCCUGGAAAUGGCCAGCAGGAUAUUGGUGUUAAGCCUCCUCCUCCUCCCUCCGUGAAAGAAACGCCGCGGCCAGCCGUACCUCCAGUCGAUAGACCGGGCUACAGUCAACCAGAGGGUAAAGGAAGACAAGACGCCGACGACGACGAAGAAGAAGAAGAGGACGCGGAUAAGCCUCGCUGGGAAAAGCAGCCUGAACACUUCCCCAUUGCCUCGGAGAAUGUCAUCCCCUUACCAACAGGCUCGCCCAAGAAACUGCCCAAAAUCCAGUUCGAUUUCCCCCGUGAAUCCGCCCAAGCGAAAGAAGCCCGCGAACAGAAACUCGCCCAGAUCAAGAACUCGUUGAAACAUUCCUGGAACGGAUACAGACAACAUGCCUGGCUGCAUGAUGAAGUGCGGCCUGAGUCGGGCGGAUACAGAGACCCCUUUAUGGGCUGGGGUGCUACGCUGGUUGACUCGCUGGACACCCUCUGGAUAGCUGGGAUGAAGGAGGAGUUUGAAGAGGCCGUGCGAGCCGUUGGAAAGCUCGACUUCAAGACCAGCAAGAGGAGAGAUAUCCCCUUAUUCGAAACCGUUAUUCGCUAUCUCGGCGGUCUAAUUGGUGCAUAUGAUAUCUCGGACGGACGCUACGGGACGCUUCUCGACAAGGCCAUUGAACUGGCAGAUAUCCUGAUGGGUGCGUUUGACACCCCAAACAGGAUGCCUGUUACCUACUACAUGUGGGCUCCGGAAUAUGCAUCCCAGCGUCACCGCUCGGGCAAGAGGGUUGUCCUGGCUGAACUCGGCUCGCUCUCUGUCGAGUUCACUAGAUUAGCUCAGAUUACUGAGAACAACCGCUACUAUGAUGCAAUAGCGCGUAUCACAAACGCCCUGGAGAAAUGGCAACCUGAUACAAGCAUCCCCGGCCUCUGGCCAUCGUUCCUGGACGCUUCGGGAUGCAAAACUCUCCCGAGGAAGAAGAGCAAACCAGCAGAGCAAAGCCCUGACUCUCCAGUGUCUAACCCAGAUACUGCAGGGUCCUCAUCACAGCAACAAAAGCCACAACAAGACAAUGCCGGUCUUGGGAAGCGGGACGAGAACAAGUUGCUUCCCGGAGAGGAGCCAGCGAACUACGAUGGCACGCCGUCAGUGCCAAAGGUCGAGACAGCACCCCCUUCCAAACUGAAGAUACCGGAUGACAAGCCCUGGCAGCAACCAGAGAUCGACUUUGAAGACCAGUGCGAGGAGCAGGGCCUUUCAUACCCACCAGGAGUACUCAGCGCAACAUACACGUUGGCCGCUCUCGCGGAUUCAGUCUAUGAGUAUCUUCCAAAGACGUAUGCCCUCCUAGGUGGCCUAAAUGACCAGUAUAAAAACAUGUACAAGCUAGCCAGGGAUGCAACUAUGAAGCACAUUGCUUUCAGGCCCAUGCUUCCAGACUCCAGGGAUAUCCUUUUCAUUGCAGACACCACCACUUCUGUCAGGAAGGGGGACGAACAGUAUUUCAACUACAAAUACCACCCCUCACAUCUUGGCUGUUUCGUUGGGGGUAUGUUUGGAGUUGGCUCCAGGCUCUUUGGCCUCGAUCAGGACCUCGAAAUUGCGAAAAAGAUGGCAGACGCCUGUUUUUGGGCGUACAACGUAACGGCAACCCAAAUUAUGCCAGAGGCCUUUGCGGUGCUUCCAUGCAAGGAUAUGCAGAGUUGUGAAUGGAAUCAGACGGCAUACAACCACGCUGUCUAUCCAUAUGAAAUCAAAAAAUCCAACCAGGACUCCCUUACCGGAAUGAAGAAUGGCGGCAACGAAGCCGUGAAAAAACCCACUGCCACUCAUAAAGCCGAUCCUGAGGCGUUGGCAACGCCACCCUCCCCCGAGAAACAAAAUAUGGGCCACAAUCAACAGCAGCAGACUCGGUCUCCCGCGGCUGGAGGCAACAUUGCCAAACGAGACGACAUACGCGAAACACCUAUCCCUGACCGCAUCGUCGCGGAUCCGUCCAAGCCCAUUCCGGGUGGAGCAGCAGUAGCUACCUCUACCUCCAUGUCGCACGCACAGCUUGUUGACAUGCAUAUCAGGGACGAGCGUAUCCCUCCCGGUAUGACGAAAGUAAACUCGGCGAAGUAUAUCCUUCGCCCCGAAGCUAUCGAGUCGGUCUUCAUCAUGUAUCGUAUCACCGGCGACGAAUCCUGGCGGGAGAAAGGCUGGGAGAUGUUCAAUGCCAUUGAGCGCGCCACGCGAGCUGAAUACGCCCAUUCCGCCAUUCGAGAUGUCACCAGCAAAGAGCCUGUUUUCCAGGACGAGAUGGAAUCCUUCUGGAUAGGCGAGACACUCAAGUACUUCUACCUACUCUUCAGCGACCCGGAUGUCGUUAGCUUAGACGACUAUGUUCUUAACACGGAAGCACAUCCGCACAAACGCCCCUCCUUGGCAUUUUGA